CCGCACUGUAUGCCGAUCGUAGUAUCAGCAUGUAGUUUUAGUGUAUUCGCGGUCGUCGCCAAAGCAGCAAGCACAGCGCUCACGAGUCACGAGUACGCUUGAGUAUUCCAGACACCGCGUGAGCCGCUACGAGCGCUCUGCUGAUCGAUGAUGGACGGUGACAGUGAGCGACAGUGACAGUGCGACGACACUAUGUCCCAGUCAUGGUGAAGGCGCUGUUCCUGGGACUAUUGUUAGUUGCUACGACUUGUGGUUUCGUGAACGCCGCCCCCAAGGGCCUAGCGCUGCCCGAGCCCCCUGUAGCCCCCAGUGUCGAAGAUCCUGCCGCACGUAGCGAAAGAAGUACCAAUUUGUCCCACGUUACCGGCACCGCGCGGAAGAUCCAAAUGUUCAUCAAGAAUCGACAUCUUCAAAUACUUCCGGGCGGUACUGUUAACGGCACUACCGACGACACGAGCCCUUACACCAUACUUCAAAGGACGACAGUCGGAAUCGGACAAAUGAAGAUUCAAGGAGUUGCCACUUGCCAGUAUUUAUGUAUGGAUGAAUGCGGAUUGUUGUAUGGUUCGGUCGAAUUCGGAGAUGAAUGCAUCUUUAAUGAAACCAUCGAGGAAACAAACUACAACAAAUACUCGUCAAGCAAAUACUCGAACGAACGACGGACAUUUUAUUUAGCUCUAAACCGUCGGGGCCAGCCUCGAAAAGUAGUGAUAAAAGCGCGUCAACAGUUGGGCAAGUUGUCUUCGUACGCGCGUGUCUUGACGCGCACAGUGUCGUCCGAGCAUCCGAUGCGACACCAUGGACACCAAUGUCCAUCACCUGGCGCGUUGCAUCACUCUCAGACACCGAACGACCCUCCCAGAUGUCGAAAGAGGAAGAAAAAAAAGAAGAAGAAACGAAAAAAUCAAACAGACGAAUUCGAAAUGAGGAGUGAUGUGAGCCACAAUAACGGUACCGCGAGCAAAACGGUACUGAGCCGUGUUAAGUGCGACAGCGUUGACGCGAAAGACAACGACGAGUGCCAAAGAGACUUAACGACUAAGAAAAAUACAAAAUUUAAUAGUGAGAAAUCGUUAGUUAAUAAUCCGAAAAAGAAGAAGAAGAAGAUUAGAAAAGGUGUUAGGAAAAGACUUGAACAGGUGGAUCAAAGCCAAGAGAGUACAACCACGACCACGGCAAUGCCUGCGUCGACGACAACCUCCGAUGACGUCAUUAAUGACGAAGACUAUGGAAUGGAAACAUCAACGCACUUAGACUGGGAAGAAACGACUGGAUUGUCGGACGUUUCGAUGGCGGUGGAGAAAAAUGCCGCCGAAAACAAUCAUUCGACCAAUAAUUCUGACUGACACUCUCACUUUCGCGCAACACUAUUCGUCUUCCUUUUAUUUAUUUCUACUAUUUAUUGUACGUAACUUGUAAAUACUUAUUUUGUAUAAGUCAAAUAUACCUCACUGCUGAUAUAUUAUAGCCUUUUCAUUUUUGCGAUAGACAUUUAGGAAAAACGUCAAAUCGAAAGCCGCUUGAAUAAAUAUUAGCUCAACGACCAUUGGCGUGUCAAUUUUGAAGAUUACGGCCGUGUAAAUAAUAAUCCGCUGUAUGUAAAUUUGGCGUUUUUGUGUUCAAUAAUAAUUUUCUGGCCACUCAGAAUCUCAAAUCAGUUUUUUAAUGUAAAACUUUCUCUUACUUACUCCCAUCCCUGUUGUGGAAUAAAUAAAUGCUGUGAAUUCCCUUGGAUAUAUGUUGUUACGCUUAGGAUCAGAUCUAUUUGUUUUGUAUUUUAGGUAGUUACUUGAAUUAGGUGAAAAAAAAGAUGCUUUUCCAAGCAUAUUUCUAAAAAUUGUCAAAAAAAUUUAAUCGCCUAUUUAUUUGUCAUUUAGAAAGUAAUUUAGAGAUACAUUUUGGGCAAGGCGCGACGCACUCAUUGUAAAUAGUAAUGUUUAAAUUUAAACGACAGGCGUUGUAAGCAAUAUUUACCACUAUCAGUCAGUAUUAUGUUAAAAUAGUUUAAAUGUAAAAA